CGUCAUCAAAACAUAGAACAGGAAGGCAAAAGUACCUCAAGUCUUAGUAAUAGCCAGGAUAAUAUUCAACAAAAGGAAUUCAACCAUCUUGAGAAAUACCAAAAUUAUCCAUUUAAUAACCAAUUAGAGAAGCCACAACUUUAGGAUUACUUCAUACUACAAGGAACAAACCUACAAGUUGUUCACAAUUGGCAGCUAUGGACUUAUUGAACAUGCCAGUAACUCUGGUGGUUAAGGCCCCAAACCAGAAGAUAGCAGACCAGACGGUGGAGUGUGAACUAGAGUGGACUAUAAGGAAACUAAAGCAACAUUUAGAGGACGUCUACCCCAGUAAACCAAAACAUAACCAGCAGAGGUUGAUCUACUCUGGGAAGUUGCUCACUGACCAACUGGUGCUGAAAGAUGUACUGAGACAGGAUGAUACUGAGAUUUUGUCUCACACUGUACACUUGGUGUGUUCUCAGCAGUCUGAUGCCUCUAGCAACAAUGGUAACCAUAGCAACACACAACCACAGACUAUACCUAGAGAUGUGACUCCCCCAGCACCUGUACCUGCUACCCCCACAGAAACAACUCCUGAUGGUCUUCGGCACAGAGGAACUCAGCCACCCCAACCCCAACCUCAACACAGUCCCUUCCCACAUGGUGCCCAGGACAUCUACAGCAAUUAUUACAACUCAAUGUACCAACAUUCUUACACACCAGAACAAUGGAUGUAUAUGCAGCACAUGUACGCUCAACAAAUGCAGCAGUACAUGCAUUACUAUCAGCAGAUGGGUCAGCAAAUGCCUGCUGGCUUCACUCCUGAUACCCCCAUUGUUGAACAGCCAGCCAAUCAGGAGGCAGAACAGCCAAACCAAGCAGCCAAUCAGGACCAGAAUAUCCGCAUGAAUGCACAAGGUGGCCAGGAUUUCGAUGAUGAGGAUGAACGUAAUAGGGACUGGCUCGACUGGAGUUAUACUUUUAUAAGAUUUGGAGUGCUACUCAGUAUUCUCUACUUUUAUUCUACAUUGCAUAGGUUUAUGAUAGUGUUCACCGUGAUCUUCCUGUUAUACAUCUACAACACUGGUUUCUUUAGACUGAAUAGGAGAGAGCCAGCCCCCCAAAGGAACAACAACAACGGACAACAACAACAGCAACAAAAUGAUAACAAUGCUGGGAAUGAUGAAAACAAUGACAAUGAAAAUGACAUUACUGAAAAUGUUGAACCAGCUGAGCCUCCCCUUCCGGCCCAGCCUGGUGUUAUAAAAGUGGCAUUUAAUUUCUUCGUCACAUUUUUCUCUUCUUUAAUCCCUCAGCAACCCGGUGCAGUGAAUGCGAAUUAGAUAGCAUGUAUUUAUUAUUUAACCCUUUGAUUCCUGUGUUUUCUAUCUGGUGUUGGAACCUGGUGUUAUAAGGGUUAAUGUUGUUAAGUAUAUCACAGUGCAGUAAAAUAAUGUGACUGAAGUUUACAAUAAUUUUUUGACUAAAAUACUUGUGACUACAUGAGUAACAAAACCAUUGUACAAAUAUGAUAACAUAUAUUUUCAUAUGAUUUCAUAACUUGUCAGCUGUACCAUUGCAUGCCUCGUGAAAAUUCAUGGCAUUAAAAAAUAGAUUUGAUGUAUACUUCCUCAAGUCAUUUAUACAUGCCAUUAUCAGACAUCUAUUUCCUCCUAUUUCUAAUCAUUGAUGUAAAGAUCUUCAUGAUAGUUACAAAAACCAAAUUAAAUAGCCUAGUGUCUAAACACAUGCAGCUACUCAUAGCAUUAUGAAACAUUUGAUAUGUAAGUAUUCAAUCUAUUUUGGGUCACUUAUCUCAAUUCUCAAUAGACCCCUUCACAAACAUCCAUCAAGAUAAUACCCUUCUAUCAGUUUCUUCUUAAAGAACAUAAUAGAUAAAAAACAAAAAGACGCCAUGACUUUAUCAAAAUUCUCCAGAACAGAACUCAAAUAUUUGUUUGAUUUGAGGUAAAGUAAAAAUUCAGUGUAAUGUUAUAUACCCCAUGCAAUGUGACUGUUGUAUAGAAUAGCCAAAGUCACUGUAGUAGUUUGUAUAUAAUGUACAAAUGUAUAUAAGAUAUACCAAUAAACUGGAGAUUGGUUUCAUAAUAUAUUUGAAGGCCUGGGUCAGGUAUUAAUGUGACAUUUUUAUGCAAAAGUAAUUUCACUUUCAAAAAGUUCAUUUUUAAAGUUUAGAAACAUUGUACAAAUGCUUGAUCUAUUAAUCUAAUACAAUGUACCUGGGCUUAAUGAAGAGAGUGAGCAGGUAUAAGUGUUGGUUAAAUUACUUUUGUGGAAAAAAGCAUUUAAUGUUUGACCUGGUCCCUUAGCAUGAUAUACUCAAGGGUGAUUUCCGUCACAUGUAAAAGUAAUCGUCAACAUUGUCUCAUUAAAAUGACAUCUUAGUCGCCCCAAGCUUGUUUUAUUUUGAUGCAAUUUUAUUAGCUAGAGAUCCAUCAUUCACAACACAACACCAAUACAUUCAUUCAGCUUGAUCUGUAUUUAUGAUCAUUUAAGGAGUGAAAUUAAUUUUGUGCAGUAUAAGACCCAAAAUGCAGCUCUGGUGAUGGGCUAUUAAUGUACACGUACAGUGUUGUUUUGAAUUAAUCAUAUUUGGUCCUUGGUUCACUUAUGAGGGAAUUCUAUCUUGCCCAAACGUUUGCAGCAAAUUUUAGUAUGUUAUGGCUAAUUAGGAGUCGGAUCUCUCAAGAUGUUAGUGUGUUAUUAGAUUAGCUGGGAGCUCUGACUCCUAAUGCUGUAUACCAUAAUAAAGGCAGUGAAAUGCUAUGAGUGCCUUGUACUAUGUGCUUAACAAAUAGCAAUCAUUUAUUAUUUAUUUCAACAGCAGCCUCAGAUAACUCAUAUCCACUGGGUGCACCUGACAUGUCUGAGUGCACCUGACAUGUCUGAGUGCACCUGACAUGUCUGAGU